AUAUGAUGUCAAACAAAAACCCAUAGAAUUUAUACUACUCUUCGAUUGAAAAUCGAAAUUUAGCCCAUUCAACAAAUAUUUUAUCAGAUUAUUUGGUUUUGUUAUAAACCCUAUAAAUACCUUACAUCUCACCGACGUCUUUUGUCUCUCUCUAAUCUCUCACCAUUUAUACAUAUUUGAAUCAAAGCUAUUUUACCUUUGAAACAAACAUAUUAUUGUUAUCAUUUAUAUCAUUAACUCCUCCUCAAAUGCAGCAGAGCUGUUCUUCAUCUGCCAAGAACUUGUGCCGUAAACUCGUUCAAGUUCGAACCCGAAAUUCAAUCCAAGCAGCGGCAAAGACUCGACCCAUUUGCGACGUCUUUAUUAACCACCGAGGAAUCGAUACCAAAAGAACCAUUGCCGGUUUGCUUCAUGAUCAUUUAUUCAGGCUGGGUUUAAGACCUUUUUUGGAUAGUAGGAACAUGAAGCCUGGUGAUCGGUUAUUCGGGAAAAUAAAGCCGGCUAUUGGGGAUUGUAAACUAGGUGUAGCAAUCUUCUCGCCCAAUUAUUGCGAGUCCUACUUUUGCCUUCAAGAGCUCGCCCUUCUAAUGGAGAAUAAGAAAAGGGUUAUUCCAAUAUUUUGUGAUGUGAAACCUUCUCAGCUUCAGGUUAUGGAUUAUGGAAUACGUUCGGGUGAGCAACUGCAAAUGUUUAAAUGGGCUCUUGAGGAGGCCAAAUACACUGUCGGACUUACAUUUGACACUUCAAAAGGGGACUGGUCGGAGUUCUUGAAUUCUGCAACUGAAGCUGUCUUUAAGAACUUAGUGGAGCUGGAAGCUGAGAGUUCAAACAGGAGAAGUACAUAUAUUCUUCAGGGUCGUGAAUAAAUAUAGUAUAGAAGUAUGAAGAUACCUUCAUUCUUUAAGGCAUAACUCGAUGCCUUCAACCACAAUUUUUUUUUUUUUAUUC